UGUGUGUGUGUGUGUGUGUGUGUGUGUGUGUGUGUGUGUGAUAUUCAACGUUUUCGGGACUCACCGCUAGGUGUGCUACUGCUUAGAUAUAUAUAGCAACCUAAUAGCGCGGGCUUGCUCUGCUUGUGUUUAUCGUUUUCGUUUACUUAGAAAAGUUUUCUAUUAAAAAUAAUGGUUAUUUAUUUGAGUUUCUGGUUUAUUUCGUUUGUAAGAGUGUAACUGAACUCGAAACCAUAUAUACAAAAUACUAAAGAAGAGGUGUAAGUAUGUUCUUGUUGGAGAAGGUAAAGCACAUUUCACUGCCAAAUUCUCGUAAAAACAAGCAGAGAUGAGUGAUGUGGAGCCUAUGUAUGGGACAACAUUGUCCACAGAGUCUAUGAAAGUUAUUGCAGAGAGCAUCGGCGUAGGAAAUUUGCCUGAUGAAGCUGCAAAAGAUUUAGCUGAGGAUGUUAGUUACAGAUUGAAGGAGAUAAUCCAGGAUGCAACAAAGUUUAUGAGACAAGGCAGGCGACAGAAACUCACAACACACGAUAUAGAUCAUGCUCUAAAAGCAAAAAAUAUCGAACCGACUUAUGGUUUCUUUGCCAAAGAGCACAUUCCAUUUCGUUUCGCUUCUGGUGGUGGUAGGGAAUUGCAUUUUACGGAAGAAAAGGAAAUUGAUCUUAAUGAAAUAAUUUCCAUGGCUGGUGGCCCAAAUUGGCCUAAACUGCCAUUGGAAACUAAUUUGCGCUCACAUUGGUUAUGUAUUGAUGGCAUACAGCCAACGAUUCCAGAAAAUCCACCUCCAGUAUCUAAAGAGGUACAAAAACUAGAAAGCGUAGAUCCAAUAAGUAAUAGAAACAGCAAUUCUAAUCUAGGCAAGCCAGGUCACAAGAGUCACAAACUACGUAAUGUUGAGACUGUACAUGUAAAGCAAUUAGCAACUCAUGAGUUAAGUGUGGAGCAGCAAUUAUAUUACAAAGAAAUUACGGAGGCUUGUGUUGGAUCUGAUGAAGCUAAAAGAGUGGAAGCAUUCCAAUCUCUUUCUGCAGAUCCAGGACUGCAUGAAAUGCUAGCUCGCAUGUGUACAUUUAUAGCUGAAGGUGUGAGGAUCAAUGUUGUUCAGAACAAUCUCGCUAUUCUAAUUUACCUUAUGCGGAUGGUGAAAGCGCUGCUUGAUAAUCCAAGUCUUUAUUUAGAAAAAUAUUUACAUGAACUCAUACCAUCUGUUAUAACGUGCAUUGUCUCAAAGCAAUUAUGUGCACGACCUGAGAUGGAUAACCACUGGGCUUUACGAGAUUUUGCUGCGCGCCUUAUAGGACAAAUCUGUAAGAAUUUUAACACAACAACGAAUAACAUUCAAACUAGAAUUACGCGAAUAUUCAGCCAAGCAUUAGCUAAUAACAAUCAAACUCCAUUGGCUUCAUUAUAUGGUGCAAUUUACGGUCUCUGUGAUUUAGGACCAGAAGUGAUAAAGGCGCUAGUUAUUCCUAAGAUUAAGAUGAUCUCAGACCGCAUAGAGACGUGUUUCGAAGGACCAAAUUCUUCUAAUGUAGAUAAAAAUGCUGCUGGGCACAUCAAAACUUUAUUAGUGAAAUCUGUUGCUCCCGUAUUGAAAACGAUUCGGUCGCCGCCGGAUUUCGUGGAGGAUUACAAGCAGGAAUACGGCUACAUAGGUCCAGCAUUGUGUACAGCGGUGGCAAAGGCUCGCACGCAGCCUACAGCCACAACCCCAGCCACCACUGUUGGCAUAAAUAAUACAAGUCAACAAAGCGUGAUAAGCAGUGGCAAGUCAAUAUCACAAACGGUCGUUCUAGGAGCCGGUAGAAGCACCGGUAAUACAAUGACGAGUGGCGGCCAGAAGUUCGUGAUUUUGCAGUCCCAGAGGGCCCAGACGCCAACGGCCCAGCCUCAGGUCCAAGUACAACAACAGGUACAGCAAGUACAAGUACAGCAGGUGCAGCAAGUUCAGCCAGUGCAACAGGUACAGCAAGUACAACAGCAAGCUCAGCAGGUACAGCAAGUACAGCAGCAAGUUCAGCAGGUACAGCAAGUACAGCAACAAGUUCAGCAAGUACAGCAAGUACAGCAACAAGUUCAGCAGGUACAGCAAGUACAGCAACAAGUUCAGCAGGUACAGCAAGUACAGCAACAAGUUCAGCAGGUACAGCAAGUACAGGUACAGCAGAAGACGCCCCAGGCUACGAAGCUCGUUGUUGUCUGUAUGCCCAACGCUAGCCACGCACAAACCACAGUAACACAGUCGAACGUUUCGUCCAAGCCGCAGGUAUUUGUGACCCAGAGCACCGUCGAGCAGUUCUCGAAUCAGCUGGAUGAUUGAUGAUAAUGUGAAAGAUAAUUUUCUACAAUAAAUUAUUCUUGUAAAACACAUUUUUCUAUUUAGAUAAUAAUUGACUAAAAUCUUACAAAACUAAAAUACAAUGUAAGAGUUUUACGUUUAAAGUUA